CAACCCGAAAAAAAGCCAUGUUUUUGCGUUUCUGAGCCAAAUGCUACAAACUACUUAUGAGGUGUUUAUCAGAUUUUAUCAGUGAUUUCAAAUAUGUUUUUGAAAUGGCAAUUUGACCUUCAGAGUCUAGUCUUGUAGAGCUGCGCGACAGCGAUGCAAAGAUGUCCGCCGAGUAAACAGAGGUUCACAUAAGGACAUUGGCUGCUGAUGCUAACCUCACUGACCGUUAAAGCACAAGAGCAGGUGUCUUCUGCAGAGCUCUGGAAACGAAUAUCAGUACCUCUGGAGAACUAAGAGUCCACAAUGUCUCUGAGAAAUCUGUCAUUCAGAGUUCUUCUGUUCCUCGGGAUUUGUCAGGUUGGCCUUUGGGGUCUUGCCUCAGCCUACGAGCUGAAAGAGCAGCCUGAGAAAAUCGCCAUCAUUGGAGGAGGAAUCGGAGGAACAGCAGCAGCAUAUUUCCUCAGGCAGGAGUUCGGACCGUCCGUCCAUAUUGACGUGUAUGAAGCAGGAACUGUAGGAGGACGUCUUGCUACCGAGAACAUCAGGGGACACGAUUACGAGACCGGAGGGUCCAUCAUACACCCGCUUAAUUUGCAUAUGAAGCACUUUGUGGACAAACUGGGCUUGUCCACCCAUGAUGUCCCUACUAAGAUUGCUGUAUUCGACGGGAAGGCGCUGACCUUUGAUGAAAGCGACUGGUUCAUCGUGAACUUCCUGCGCAAGCUGUGGCGCUACGGCUUAAACUCCAUUAGCAUGCCUAAGUGGUUGGAGAGCAUUCUAAGUAAGUUUAUGAGGAUUUAUCAGUACCAGCAGUCUGGUUACUCCUUCUCCAGCAUGGAGCAGCUCCUGCAUGGCUUAGGUGGAGACAGCUUCCUGACCCUGCUCAAUCAGACACUGAAGGAGGUCAUGCUGGCUGAUGGCUUCUCUCAGGUCUUCAUUGACAACUUUGUGACUCCGCUCUCACGCUUUGCUUUCGGUCAGACUGCUGACCUCACCGCUCUUGUGGGUGCCGUGUCCCUGGCCUGUGCUGACUCUGGCCAGUGGGCAGUGGAUGGAGGAAAUAAGCGGGUUUGCUCUGAACUUCUGUCCCACAGCAAGGCUGAACACAUCCAGGCCCAGGUCACGGAUAUUUCUCUGAAGAUGAAGCCGUCCAAAAGCGGCACUGAAUCAAGCUUUUACGAGGUGAACUAUGUUGGUGACUCUGGCCCCGCCCACUCAAUUUAUGACAUUGUGAUCGUGGCCAUGCCCCUUCACGAAGGCCUCUCUGACAUCAGCUUCUCGGGCUUCUCACCUCCAAUCCCAUCUCACUUUCCUGGCCGCUUCCACCACCUUGUGACCACGCUGGUCCUGGGUCAGGUCAACAUGUCAUAUCUGGGGACCAGUCAGAAUCCAGCCGACUUUGAUGUCUCUGACAUUUUUACCACAGAUAAUGAGGCGCUGGCUUUUAAUAGCCUGUCCUCGGUGGACCCAACCCACCUUCCCCUGGAUUAUCAUCGGCCCCCAGCCAGCGAGAGCAAAGUUUGGAAGUUUUUUUCCCAGGAGCCGCUGUCUGAGGAACAGCUGCGGGAGAUCUUCGUGUCGUGGGAGGGGGUGUGGGAGAAGCGCUGGCUGGCUUACCCCUCAUACAGCUCUUCACCGCACCCCAUGCCACCGUUUAUCCUCCACGACCGUUUAUACUAUCUCAAUGCCAUCGAAUGGGCUGCCAGCUGCAUGGAAUUUAGUGCCGUCUCAGCCCGCAACGUGGCACUGCUCGCCUACCACCGCUAUCACAACCAGACAGACAAAAUUGACCAGGAGGACCUGCACACCCGCCUCCAUGAAGAGCUAUAAAGGAGGGGGGAGUAGAGUCCAGUCCUGGAGUGCCACAGCAGUGCUGAGUUUAACACUCAUCUUCAUUUAACUCACCUAAUUCAACUCAACAGAUUAUUAACAAAUUCUUCAUUAGAGUGCUAAAGGAAAAGGCCACUUUAUCACUCUACACUCAUUUUUUUCACUGAACGUCACUGGAUCCUCUAAAUUACGAGGCUGUUAAGAAGCUGAAAAAUGAAAUUUGCUACGUUCAAACUAACACUGCUGCACACUGAACUGACAUCAUAAGACACCGAGAGCACAAAAAUACCCCAAACAAACCAGCAGGUUUUAUCCAGUUAUAGUGAUGGUGCUUUGGUAGUAGCAGAGUAAAGUAGGAGCAGCUGGUGUUGAUAGACAAGUGUUACAGUUACAGUGUUGAAAGUUAAAAGUAGACUUUCGUGCAACAUCAGUAGUGGCAGCUUGCUAUCAGCAUGAAUGAAGCAAUGUUCAUCUUUCGUCUCCGUAACACCUUAACAAGCCUCAUAUUUUAAAGGAUCCAGUGACGUUUGGUGGAAAAAUGAACAUAGGUUUGGAAUCUUUCUUGUUUGGCACUGAAUUUUGAGAAUCUCUUUCAGUUCCUAGUAUGACUAGAGAAUGACACGACACCAGUUACAGAAUGAUGCAUGACUUCAGAAGUCAAUUACACAUUAAGCCGGCCACAACUAUCAGUUGUAUUGUGUUGUAUCACUAUAUUCUGAUUGGCUAGCCUCAUGUCCAUGUGUGUACGCACUUCCAUGCAGCAAGUUUUAUCAGUCCGGAACCUUUUGGAGUGAGACCAUUCACUGGAUUGAAGAAAGUUUAACAGCAUUGUGUGUUUAAAAGUUGUUUAAUAGUUUUCUUUGAAGCAUGUAGUAGCUUUUAAGUGAGAUAUUUUCAUGUUUGCCAGCGCAUUUGUUUUCCAUAAGUUUGUAUUGGUUGUAGUGCCCUCACAUAUCAUGCUAUAAUGGGGGUCUGUGAAGUAAAGUAGGAGUAGCUGGUGUUAAUAAAGCGCAUUAUUUUUAGAGCUGUCACAGUUAACAGGAUUAUUUAACACAGUUAAUGCAGUUUCCUAAUUGGAACAUUCAAGCCAUCUGUAGUUCCAGCCUGAAGUCCAGCUGCAGCCGUUCCUGCAGCCGUACAGACUGAGUCUGUAGUCCUCUUGUUCUAAUACACAAUUGAAAGGGCAGCUGUCAUUGAUGCCUCUCUUGAUUAAAGUUAUUUCCAUGUGCUACCCUGCCAUGAAUUUGCUUAUUACUGAAGUGCAUCAAGUCUAAAGUAUGCUUUACAAGUAAAGCACAGCACUGAUGCCGGUAAGAUCAGUAACAUUGGUAAUGUAAGCACUGGCAGACUACGCUGGUCAGUGCUCACAAGAAAACUAUAGACAAAUCAACAGAGUUCCUUCAAAACAAGAUGUAACUAAGUAGUAAGAGGUACAAGCGAGGAGAUGGAACAUGCAGCCACUGAUGCUCUCAGUAGUAGCAGUGCAGUUUAUAACUGUACAGCUGUACUGCAGACCUGCAACGUAGGUGGAGCUCAUAAGAUGGACAGUGAAAUACAAGGUGACUGACAUUUCUGCAAAGCUGUGGUCCUCCUGGACCUCAGGGGUACGGCAGGAGAAGUUCUUCUGAAAAGAGAUGUAGAAGAUGGUCAAAUUCAGUGCCUCUUUGAGUGAAUCAGUCUAUUGCUGUGCCUUCUAUUUUGAGUCGUGCUUAUGUGAACAUGUUUUCCUGAUUUGGCUUCUAGGCAAAAGAAGUGGAAGUAGUGCUAAUUUUUGAGUGGAUGAUACUAAAUAGAAAGAGGUGCUAAAAAGCUUUGUGAGAUCUACUGCUUGACUGUUUCACAGGUACUCAGGCCACGGCUCAUAUGAAAGAAGCUUGAAAAUAUUAAAAAUACUGAAAGUAUUACGUGAAUAAUAUGUGAAGGAGCAGAGAAAAGGAUCACACAACAUUUCAAAAAUUGCUUAAUUAUUUGAGCUUCCUUGCGCUUUAGAGAUCGCUACCUAUAGAUUAAACAGGAGUUCUGUGGAUGAAGGCCAAAAACCCUUAAUUAGCGUAAUUGAUUGUUAAAGGAACACUUUUGGCAAUAUAUCAAGUUUACAUUUUCCACUUGCCCCAGAUGUCGUCUGUCAGCUGAGACGUUUGGUGUCCUGAUUUUUCUUCCUUAGUUUAGCGCUGGAGCUACAAGGCUAAUAUUGCUAGCGAGCACUAGAUGUCAGUAGUUACCCAAAUCUCUUUUGUGAUCGUGUGAUUUAAACUUCUCUCAGUCCACUCAAACUGCGUCCAGAUCUUCAUUAAGGUUGUACAGACUUGUCAGUGUGGUUUAGGUUACAGUAUUUUGGUUGGGCUAUUGACUUCUAGUGUGAGCUCCAGUGCACAACUAAAGAAGCAAAAUUUGGGCACCAAACAGGUCAGGGCUGAUGUGAGUGAAAAACUGUCAGUUUCAUUUGCUGCCAAACAAUUCAAGUUAACUUUCAUUCAGAAUUAGCAGCUUUAGCAUUGUGAUCCUUUUUUUUUGCCUGUAAAGUGCUCCUUUAAGAAGCAGCUGUAUUGGCUUACCUUACUCAGACUCUUCAAAAUAGUUUUGUCCGCAGCAGCACUAACGAUCUUUUUCCCUUUUUCUGCCGUCAGAAAUGCUGCUCUGUAACAUUUACUGAAGGCUAAGAGGUAUAUCCACUGAGAAAGCACUGCAAUAUUCACAUUUGCUAGCACUUUAUAUUGUAGAUGCACUUUCUUUCUUGAUUUUUUUUUUUACCAAUUCUAAAGGUUUUGCCCUACAAAGUUGUUUUAAAAUUGAUCAAAAACAAUUGUGUAAUCAGCCCUGAAAGAGUAAAACAGACCUGCUGCACUUUGUUUUCUUUGCUUUUCCCUUUACUGUGAAAAGAGUUUUAUUAGGGGGAUGAUUUAUGCAAACUGAAUUGUCUGUUUGAUCUGAGGUAUAAUUUGAAAUUUGCACAUAAACUCAAAGUUGUAUGCAAAAGUUGCAUACUUUCUUAAUUUUCUAAGACAAAAUAAAUUAACACAUCCUCUACA